AUGGAGGAAGCUUUUUUCGUCGGAGUCGAUGUUGGAACAGCUUCUGCAAGAGCCGCUGUAUUCACGUCGACUGGUGAAUGUAAAGGAUUUGGUGUAAAUGCUCUAAUAAUUUACCAAGAUGCUGCCAAUUCUGAGUAUUCCCAGGCCACUGACCAGAUUUGGGAGGCUGUAUGUCAGUCAGUGAAGGACGCUCUGAGAAUAUCAGGCGUACCUCUGAAGGCGAUAAAAUGCAUCGGAUUUGACGCCACUUGCUCUCUGGUGUGUCUAUCAGAGGCAUGUCAACCAGUAUCUGUUGAAAGUCAACCAACCACAAUAUCAACCUAUGUACCGAACGUUAUGAUGUGGAUGGAUCACAGGGCUCAAGCACAGGCAGAGGCGCUUUCUAAACUGAUAACGAGUCCCGUCCUGGCAAGAACUGGGCGGAAGAUCUCGCCAGAGAUGACUGUUGCGAAACUAGUAUAUUUAAGUCAACGGCUGCCAGACACUUAUAGUAAAAUUGGGCACUUUAUGGAGCUUCCUGAUUUCUUAUCAUGGAGAGCUUCAGGCUCGCUAAAACGUGGAGUUUGUUCUGUUGCGUGCAAAUGGGGGUUUGAUAUAGACAUUGGAUGGGACGAGCAGUUUUUGAAAGAUGCUGGCCUUCAAGAUAUGGUCAACGACCAUUAUUGCAGAAUUGGCAGUGAAUUCAGCAAGCCUGGAGAGGCAUUGGGUCAGGGAUUGUCGGAAAAGGCAGCUGAGGAACUGGGUUUAUUACCUGGAAUUUCAGUUGCGUCGGCAGUGAUAGAUGCCUAUGCGGGUGCUCUGGCUACAUUCGGAUAUCAAUUAUCAGAGCAAGAUAUCUCUACACGGUUGGCUAUGAUUUGCGGUACCUCCUCUUGCCACGUAGCUUUGAGUAAAUAUCCCGUAUAUGUUGACAAUGUCUGGGGCCCAUACAAAGACGUAUUAUUCAGGAAUAUGUUCGCAGGAGAGGCGGGGCAAUCCGCUACAGGCAAAGUGAUUGACUUUGUCAUUGAUACCCAUAUGGCUAAAGGUGAAGCGGAAGCCAACAGUCGAGCUUUGGGUAUGAAUUUGUAUGAAUAUUUAGAAAUUGAAGCUGCCAAGGAGUCUCCAGCUCUACCAGAAAUGGCAACCAAGGACGUUCACGUCCUUCCAGAUUUUCAUGGUAAUCGAUCACCCUAUGCUGAUCCCACUAUGAAAGGAAUUGUCGCUGGUUUGACACUUGAUUCAAGUGUCAAAUCGCUGGCUUUGUUAUACGUCGCAACUAUACAGGGACUUGUGUACCAGACCAAGCAUAUUAUCGAUAACAUGAAUACUUCUGGUCACGGCAUAAAAUCCAUUCACAUGUCGGGAGGCCUAUGUAAAAACACUCUACUUAUGCAAACGCUUUCCGAUGUUACUUUGUUGCCCGUCGUUCUUCCGCUAAAUAUUGAUGAGACUGUCACGUUGGGAGCAGCAAUGACAGCUGCGGCGUCAUCGGGACUGUAUUCGCUGGAAGAAGCUUCAAAAAAGAUGAAUCAAACUAGCAAAGUAAUGUACCCAAGUUCUUCCCUCGAUGUCCGCAACUAUCACAUACAAAAAUACGCUGUUUAUCAAGAGCUUUGUAAACUGCAGCUUACUAUAAAAGGAAUAAUGAAGUAA